AUGGUACAGUUAACCCUUGUGCCCCUCGCUUUCUACCCGGUCCUCCGCCUUUUUUCCCCGCCCCCUCCCUCUCCUCCCCCUCUCCUCCCCCCUCUCCUCUCCCUCUCCUCUCCCUCUCCUCUCCCUCUCCCCUCCCUCUCCUCCUCCUCUCCUCUCCCUCCUCCUCUCCCCCUCUCCUCCCCCUCUCCUCCCCCUCUCCUCUCCUCUCCUCUCCCUCUCCUCUCCCUCUCCUCUCCCUCUCCCCUCCCUCUCCUCUCCCUCUCCUCUCCCUCUCCCCUCCCUCUCCUCCUCCUCUCCUCUCCCUCUCCUCUCCCUCUCUCCUCACCCUCUCUCCUCUCCUUCUCACAGCCGCCUCAGAGCUCUCAUGCCGCGGACAACAUGACGAUCCACAACACGCUCCGGGACCAUGGACAGCGCUACCGGCCUCGUAUGGCGUGUCUGCCCAAGGCCGAGAGUCUGGUUCUUCAGAUGCAGGACCCCAGAACUGGAGUCCAGUCUCAGCCUCAAAGACUUGUCAUCACCACCAUCCCCCACGCCAUCACUGGUGAAGACAUAGUAAACUGGCUGAGUGAGAGGCUCAACCUGGACCCAGCAGAAUCCCUCAGUCUGGGUUCCAUGCUGGUUGCCAUGGGUUACCUGUACCCGCUUCAGGACCAUAAGCACCUGUCAAUCAAAGCCGAUGCGUCGCUGUUCCGUUUCCAGACGCCGUAUUUCUGGCCUUCGCAGCAGUGGACUGUGGACGACACGGACUACGCCAUUUACCUGGCGAAGAGGAAUAUUCGCAAGAAGGGGCUCCUACAGCCGCACGAGCAGGAGCAGUACAGUCGGAUGCACGUUCGUCUGAACCAUAAGUGGGACUUCAUCGUGCUGCAGGCGCAGGAGCAGAACAGAGCAGCAAAGGAGCGGAAGAAGCCGGACCGCGUGGUGCUGGAGUACCAGGAGAGGGCGCACUGGGUCGUCCACAGGCCCCCGCCCGGGACGGUGAGUGGGAUGGACUACGGACUGGACCGAAGAGCCGACCCCAACGCAGACCAGGCCUCGACUCCAGACGUCUUCGAGAGAACACUGAUCUUCACCCAACAGUCCAUCAUGAGGCCCAGGGUCAAGUCCUCUGUGUCUCUGGGAGCUUUGGUGAAACACUGCUCCACGUACCAGAGCCAUGACCCGUUCCUCUCCGGAGUCCUGCCCUCCAGCCCCUGGAUCACAGACGACACCACGUACUGGUCACUCAACAUGCCCAGUGUGGAGGUUCCGACCAGACAGCGUGUGGAGAGAUGGACCUUCAGCUUCGGAGACCUGCUCUCAGACCCACGAGGACGAGAUGACUUCAGGCUGUUUCUGAAGAAGGAGUUCAGUGGGGAGAACCUGGCGUUCUGGGAGAGCUGUGAGGACCUGAAGUGGGGAGCAGCCGCCACCAUGAAGGAAAAGGCAGAACACAUCUACAAGACAUUCUUGGCUCGUGGAGCUCCUCGUUGGAUCAACAUUGAUGGUAAAACCAUGGAGAUCACCAUCAAGUCCCUGAAGCACCCUCACAGAUACGUUCUGGACGCCGCCCAGACUCACAUCUACAUGCUCAUGAAGAAGGACUCUUAUGGUCGAUAUCUGAAGUCUCCAGUUUUCAAAGAGACGCAGAAAAAAGCCGUGAACCCAGAGGAGCACAAGUUCACUGAUUCUCAGCUGGAGCAGAAUGCACGCUCUCGCCGCCCCAGUCUCAGCCCAAUCGUCCUGAGGCAGCUGGAGCAGGAGAGGAGAGCCAAGAUGGCCGCCGCCGCUCCGGUUGACAUCACCCAGUUGUGUCGCUUCACCACACCCAUCCCUGUGUACUCUGGAUACUGCUCCCCAUCCCCUCCCUCGCUCUCCUCUCCCUCUCCCCCCUCGCUCUCCCUCCUUUCUGAGACGACUGCAUUGACCUCCCCCGUGGAACCCUCCCUCAUGGGUCCCUCCCCCAUCAGCCUGGCUCUGGACUCUACGCGGGACACGCCCCGCCUCAGAAUUGGCCAAUCGCUGCGUAGGAUGCUCCGGUGGGGGUGUGGUCAGUCCAGCGCCUUCACUCAGUGCCAAUCAACGCCAAGGGGCGGGGCUAACAGCAGAGUGCGGCAGGGACAAGCCCCGCCCAGACGCUUUGGGAAUUUUUUUCAGCUCAAAGUGGAGCUCCCUCCAGAGAGCAGGAUCUACCCCAUCGAGUCUGAGGACGAAGAGGACAGAGGGCCCUCUGGACUGGGGGCCAAAGAGAUCAUCUGCCCCUGGGAAAACCUCACCUCUCAAACAGCCACCUCGUAA